AUGGCUGCUAUCAUCAGCUCUCUUCUAGUUUUUUUACUUUUCCAACCAACUUUUACAGUCAAAGUUACACUUGGUCACAUCGGAGCUGUUGGAUAUAUGAAAAACAGCCAAUACAUUUUGGAAAUAUCAAGAAAAGAACUGAUAAAAGAUGGAGUAUUGGGAGAUGAUUUUGAAAUUGAAAUCAUCAAUAAGAUGGGAUGUGGUGAUGCCUUUGAAGGUGUUGCCGUGGCUGCGGAUAUGUAUCAUUUGCAAAACGUUAAAGGAUUUAUCGGUCCUUAUUGUAAUGCCGAGCUUGACGCUGUUGCAAAAAUGUCAACAUUUUGGAACAUACCUAUAGUUGGUUACAUGGCAUCUUCAAAUGUAUUCGCGGACAAAACGAUUUACAAAACUCUAUCACGUGUCUCCUUACGGACAACAAACUCUUUAGCAGAAGCAGUAGCAGCUUUCGUUAAGCACAAUCAUUGGCUAAAAGUUGGUAUAGUGACGAACACCGGUGUAUUAGCAUUCGAAAGAACAUCAGCUUUCGAAGAGGUUCUUCACAAACGUGGAAUAACCAUAUCGAAAAAGAUUUUGUUCGAUGAGUACGCAAAUUCCAAAUCUAUGAUCGCAUCUGGAUUACUCAAUGAUCUUUUUGAAAACGCACGAAUUAUCAUUCCUAUCUUUUCUGCAACAAGAGAUAUGAGCAAAGAACUGAUGAAAGCAGUGGAGAUGAGCAAUAUCAACAGGAAUGAAUAUGUUUUCAUUUUGCCUUGGCUUCAGAUAGAGAAAAAGGACACAAGUCCUUGGAUCAUGGAAACUGGAGAAAUUGAUCAAAAAAUGAAAGAUUUGUUCGGGAAUUCCAUAAUAAUUGACGAUGUUAACGGAUUCGAUGAUACUCUUGUUACUCCCUUUAAAGAAAGGGUUGAAGCUAAUGGUAUGACAACUGAUGAUCUUGAUAUGGCUGAUAUCUAUGGCUAUAUUCAUUUAUUUGAUGCUCUGAGAUUGUAUGCCAUAUCAGUUAGAAGAGCCAUGAACGAGACAGGCAAUCCGGAUAUCUAUAAAAAUGGAACCUACAUCUGGAAUCAAAUGAGAAAAAUAUCUUUUCCUGGUUUGGUUUCCGUUGGUGGUGUGACUUCCGGACUGGUACAGAUGGAUGAUCUAGCUGAAAGAGCUCCUCAAUACUCAGCUUUUCUUGUCUCUCCUAAUUCGGAUAAUGUAAAAAAAAUAAAUGAUAUCGAGCCAAAAAUUUUAAGCAACUGUGAUGGAUUAAAAACAAAGUCAGGAUGCUUUGAUUUGAUUAUAACAGAUUAUGUGACAGGUUUUUGGCCUUCUCUUGAUGGUCGAUUGCCUCCUGAUGAGCCAAUUUGUGGUUAUAAAAAUGAACAUUGUGAUUAUACAUUAAUUAUUAUUGGAGGAAUACUUGCCUUUGUUUUGAUUUGCUCCAUAAUUGGAGCUUUCGUACUUCAUCGCUUUUGUGAAAAUAGAACUUUGGCUAAAACAUGUUGGAGAAUCUAUAGAGACGAUUUCAGAGCUGUAACUGAAGACGAAAUGAAAUCUAUGCUCUCUAUCGGCUCAACACGAACCAAAAUGUCGAAUAUGAGUAGCUUCGCUAAGCAUCAUGCUAUACUGGGAACGAAUACUCAUGCCUCUUUUCAUUUAUAUCCUCAACGAAGACCAAUAUCCUUUAACCGAAUGGAUAUGCAGCUGUUAUCUCAAAUGAAACAAGCAGUGCACGACAAUAUCAAUCCUUUCCUAGGAAUGUCUUUUAAUGAAAAUGAAGAAAUGGUCCUGUUGUGGAAGUAUUGUUCGAGAGGAACUCUCCAGGAUAUCAUAUACAACGAGGAAGUUGUUUUGGAUAAUAAAUUCCAUGGAGCUUUCGUGAGGGAUAUCACACUAGGAUUGGAUUAUCUGCAUUCAUCUCCUAUUGGCUACCAUGGAUCUCUAUCUCCAUGGGCCUGUCUUAUUGAUCGUAAUUGGAUGGUCAAGCUAACUGAUUAUGGAAUUGCUAAUCCACUGGAGCGAUGGGAAAAGCAAGGAGCUAUUUCGGUGGAAUCUCUCAAGGAUGGCGAUGAAAAAAGCGGCUCUGCGCAAGCUACAAGCAUCAUCUACCAACCUCCAGAGUUUUUAAGAAAUCGGGAAAAUAAUAGAACCCGAAGAGUUGAUCAGGUAUGGGUAAAGCAAUCACUUACACGACGUCAAGCUGGAGAUAUCUACUCCUUCGGAAUGAUUUUACAUGAAAUCCUUUUUCGGUCUUUACCUUUUCCCCCUGGAACUGAUAUGACAGAACUUAUUGAGUAUCUUCGAGAUGGAACGAAAACAUUCCGGCCGACAAUCAAAGACAGAAAUGAAAUUCAUCCUGAUAUUGUCUCCCUUCUAUUGGACUGUUGGAACGAAAAUCCGGAUAUUAGACCUUCCAUACGUAGAGUUCGAUUGAACACGGACAGCUAUUUGAAAGUGAAAGGUUCCUUAGUAGAUCAGAUGAUGCGAAUGAUGGAGCAAUACGCUAAUAACUUGGAGAAAUUAGUACAGGAACGAACUGGAAUGUUGGAAGAAGCCAAUUUGAGAGCAGACAAGCUUUUAUCUCAAUUACUACCAAAAUAUGUCGCUAAUGAGCUCAAGCUUGGUCGUUCAGUACUUCCAAAAACAUUCAAUUCAGCAACUGUUAUGUUCAGUGACAUUGUCGGAUUCACUACGAUCUGUUCUUCAUCCAGCCCACUUGAAGUUGUGAACAUGCUCAACUCAGUUUACAGCCAGUUUGACGAUAUAAUCAACAAAAACGAUGCAUAUAAGGUUGAAACAAUUGGAGAUGCCUAUAUGAUUGUAAGCGGUAUUCCGGAAGAAAACGGGAACAAUCACAUAAUGCAUAUUUGCGAUACUGCCAUCGAUCUUAUGAAGAUUUUGAAAAACUAUCAAGUACCUCAUCGCCGAAAUGAUCGAAUUCGCAUUCGGCUCGGAAUACACAGCGGUACAGUUUCUGCUGGUGUGGUUGGUUUAAGUGCUCCCCGGUAUUGCCUGUUUGGAGAUACGGUCAAUAUCGCGUCUCAACUUGAGUCCUCAGGCGAGCCUGAAAAAAUUCAGGUCUCUGAAGUAUCUCAAACACUUUUACGAAACUAUUUUCCUCAAUACCGAUUAGAAGAACGAGGACCAAUGACUAUCAAAGGAAAAGGUGAAAUGAUAACAUAUUGGCUCAAAGGUAGAAGUGAAGGAUGA